AUGGUGAGCUAACGGGAGCUAACUGCUAACGAGGAGGGAGAGUUUCAUAAAGUGCAGCAUUCAGCUCAUUAAUGGGACACAUAGGAGGCUUGUUUUAAGAAAUCAUUUCGUCGUUUGGCUACAACGUUUGACAUAGAUGUUUUAGCCAGACUUUAUCUUUGCUUACACUGAGAAAAUCAUCAAACUGCAGCCUCCCAGUGAUGGAACACAUCAGCACUGUGAUGUCCCGGUUCUCCAGCCCCGUCUACAGCCGUUACUGGCAGCACUACCAGCAGGCCAUGGCCUGGCACCAAAGACACAGACAGGCCUACCAAAAGGCCCUGGAGGCCGCCUACGGUCCGGCCUACUGGCAGGGUCCACAUCCCAGCACUCAUCAGCGUUAUGCAGACUGGCAUGUCGAGGAGAGCGACGGCAAAUAUGAAGAAGAUGACGAGGAAGAAAGCAGCUCGGAUAGCGAGAUCGAGUGCGACGUCAGCAACAUGGAGAUCAGCGAGGAGCUGCGACAGUACUUCGCCCAGACGGAGAGACACAGAGAGGAGCUGAAAAAGCAGCAGCAGAUUGAUGCAGAGGAGCACGAGAGCUACGUGCCGGCUGACCAAGACUUGCACGCCGUCUCCUGGAGAAGCAGCCUCGCCCCUCCGUCUGAGCGACCAGGACAGAGACGCACAGCUGAGAUGAAGAAGCUGUACGGCAAGGACGCACCCAAGAUCAUGGCCAUGGAGGCGGCGAUGCAGCUCACUUUUGACAGGAACUGUGACCGCAAGCAACCUAAGUACUGGCCCGUCAUCCCGCUGAAACUUUAACAUCUGCAGGCUGAGCUGCAGAAUGUAAACUUCCCUGCUCGGAUCACGAAGGUAUUGUGAAUAAGAUAAGCUCCUGCUCAGACAGACGACAGCUGAAUCACAGAAUGCAGGCACCAAAAAGUGAGACGUUCAGCUGAGGGUCAGAUGCACAGCAGACCUGCUCUUGUAGAUGAUGUAAAUGUAUUCAAACCACAUUUACUUAAUCCGUUUACCUUCUGGCUCAGCGACGCGUCGCGCUGCAACAGCUCCUCUUCUGCCUGUCGACUCAGUUUCACCACUUAAACAGAUGUUUUCCUGCGCGGCUGCUUCUGAUGUCACUUUUCAGCAAACACAAAAUGCUUUUGUUGUUAUUUCUAAACUGGAGUGUCUCGACAUUUUGUCAGGUUUAAAAAGGUAUUUAUGUGCUUCCUUAGAGACAUUCUCUUUUAUGUUCGCACCAUACUAUUUUUUGAGCCUGGCAAUGUUUUUUUUUUAAUUUAAUUCCUGUUCAUAAUAAAGUGUUUAAUGUUUGAAUAAAACCUCUGUAUCAGUGGGAUUUCUUGGGGAUUUCUCUGCAUAAUAAGAUUUGAAUAAAACUGCUUUUCAGCUUUAAAAUGGGACAUUCUUACAUAAAAAAUAAAAAAAAAGGUUGGUGUGUAUUCACAUUGACAUUUAAACCAUUUUAGUACAGAAAGUUUUUCCCAAGCGUGCAGACAAACACUCAAUCCAUAGAUUGUAACUUUCAUGGCAGUGUGUCAAACUAGAUGUAUGAAAUGUAUUAAAUUAAAGUUAAUAUUUCAACCCCACCAGAUGCCUACAAACACUCUCCAUCCUCUUAAC